AUGGCUUCUCCUUUUGCGGACGAGAAACUCUACCGCCAGUGGUUUCCGUUGUGCGACACGGACAACGACGGACGAAUCACCGGGAACGAUGCGGUUGUUUUUUUCUCGAAGUCUUCUCUCAAUCAGCAAGCGUUGGCGAAAGUUUGGGGGUGCGCGGAUUUGAACCGACAAGGGUAUCUCGAUAAAGAUGGAUUCAUUCGAGCGAUGCGAGUGAUCGCGUUGGCGCAAAUUGGCGUGUCGCCGUCGGUGGCGAAUUUGCAAACGGAGUUGGAGAGAAGGCAAGGCGAGAUGCCUUUGGCGAAGAUGGAAGGUUUGGACGAAACGAGCGGACGGAAAGAAGACGACGAUGAUUUCACGUCCAAUCCGUUCAUGGCAUCGCCGGGGGAAAAGAUCAAAGAUGGGAGGAAUAAAGCGUCGAACAUGUUGGGAGGCGGCGCGCAGACGAAGAAAGAGAAGAAGCGGCAGGCGAAGGUGGACGCGAAGACGGUGACCGGCAUCGUCGACGGGUUGAAGUUGUUGUACAAGACGAAGAUUAAACCUUUAGAAGAGGCGUAUAAGUUUGGUUCGUUUUAUGGACCGCUGUUAACGGAUGGUGAUUUCGACGGGAAACCGAACGUUUUGUUGUUGGGGCAGUAUUCGACCGGGAAGACGACGUUUAUUCAGCACUUGUUGAAGAGACCGUAUCCGGGCGCGCACAUCGGGCCGGAACCAACCACGGAUAGGUUCGUGGUUUUGACGCACGGGUUGGACGAUCGAACGACGCCGGGGAAUACAAUGGCGGUCAAUUCUGCCUUACCAUACACUGGUUUACAGUCCUUUGGGACUGGAUUUUUAUCCAAGUUUGAGGGUUCUCAGUGCGACGCCGAGUUGUUGAAUUCGGUUUCCCUCAUCGACACGCCCGGGGUACUUUCCGGCGAGAAGCAAAGGAUCGAUCGCGGGUACUCGUUUCCGCAAAUUUGCAACUGGUUUGCCGCGAGAAGCGAUAUUAUUUUGUUACUCUUUGAUCCGUACAAGUUGGAUAUUUCCGAUGAAUUCAAAUCGGUCAUCAACGCGUUGAGAGGCCACGAUGAUAAAGUGCGAGUCGUGUUGAACAAAGCCGAUCAAGUGAGCGAACAGCAAUUGUUGAGAGUGUACGGCGCUCUGAUGUGGAGUUUAGGUAAAGUGUUUAUGACGCCGGAAGUGUGCAAAGUGUACGUUGGGUCUUUCAAUACGGAACCGAUUAAAACGGACGUGAAUAAAAUGCACGACAUUUUUCAAAUGGAACACGAGGCGUUGAUGGCGGAUUUGAUGAACAUUCCGGCAAAGUCGUGCGAUAGAAAAGUGAACGAGUUCGUGAAACGAACGAGAGCGCUGAGAACGCACAUGAUGAUUAUAGGAGACUUGUGGAAACAAAUGCCCACGGCGUUUGGUCACGAAAAGAAACAGAAGAAAUUAUUGGCCAACAUCCACGACGAAUUUCGGAAGACGACGAUGGAAAACAAUUUGCCGCCCGGGGAUUUACCAAACCCGGAACGAUUCGCGGCAAUUUUAGAGCCGAUGCAACUCCACAAGUUCCCUCGAGUGGACAAGAAGGCGUUGUCGUCCAUAGAGGAGGUUUUGACCCAGGAUAUUCCGAGCUUAAUGCAGCGCUUCGGCAAUCCGUUUUGA